GAGUAGGUUCCAGAAUAGACUGGUAGACAGUUAAAGUGGUUUGUUGAAGUUAGUCCCGGCGCUGUGGAAACCAGGGCGGAAUGCCGCGGUUUCGCUGCUGCCGGCUUUUUUAGGAGGAAGCUUCAGGCUGUGAGGGCUGUCUUUCUCUGUGAGUGAGCCGGCAGCUUCAGGCCCGUGGGACCCGCCUCCCCAGCCCCGGCCGCUGGUCACUUCCGGCGGGCGGCGCCGGCACGCAAGCCCGAGGCUUCACACUUGGCUCUAGGCCCUGCUUGAAAAGAAUAAAACCGGUAGCGGAACUUUGGGGAUUCCUCCUUCAACUCGAGGGCAAGACCAGAGUGAGGGCUUGGCUCUGGUUUCUUGCUCUCCACCCAGCUCUUGCAUCUUCUCCUCCAGUUGGCUCUGUCACUAUGGUGACACUCUGCCCUAUGCCUCUCUGAUGAUCCUGGUUCACCCUCUGCAGCUUCCAUGUGGUCCUAGCUGGCCUGUGAGCCAUGUCCAAGAAGCAAGCGGUCAAAACCAGAACUAAUAAGAAACUGGAUUUGGAGCGGAAAAGGGACGAGAAGGCUGUGAGACGAGCCCUGGCUAAGGAGAGGAAGAACAGAUCCCAGGACGGGUCAGAGGAUGAAGAGUUUUUGAGCUUUGCCAACCAACUACUGACCAUGGGACUCAAACUCAGGGAAGUUCCUGGUGAUGGGAAUUGUCUCUUUCGUGCUCUUGGAGAUCAGCUUGAAGGUCAUUCUCGAAACCACCUAAAGCACCGGAGGGAAACAGUGGACUUCAUGAUAAAACAUCGUCAAGAUUUUGAACCGUUUGUUGAGGAUGACGUCCCUUUUGAUCGAUAUGUUGCGAAUCUGGAAAAGCCAGGCACGUUUGUCGGCAACGAUGUAAUUGUCGCCUUCGCAAGGAACAACCAAGUGAAUAUUGUGAUUCAUCAGCUUAAUGCCCCACUUUGGCAGGUUUUUGGAACCCGAAAGAGCAAUCCUGUAGAGUUGCAUAUUGCCUACAGAUAUGGGGAGCACUAUGACAGCGUACGCAUGCUCAAUGAUAAUUCAGAAGCACCUGCAAACCUAAAGACAGAGAUGCUUGUUAAAGAUGAUCCAAAGAAGAAAGAUCGAAACAAAAUGAGCCAUUACCAGAUGGAAGAUAUACGGGAUUUUGAAAGUGAGGUGACCAAGAUUGAUUUGGAUGAUGCAAUUCAGAAAGUACGCAAUGCAACGGGGUGCAUGGAUACUGAUAUGAUUAUACAGAAUCUGGAGGCUGAAAACUACAACAUAGGGUCUGUAAUAUUCACCAUUUUGCAGACCAAUGAACUGAAGAAUAGCAAUAGUGAUGAAGAUUCCAACAAAACUGGUUCUAAUUGCAGCCCUCCGCACAUGUCACCCCUCUGGAUGGAGAAUGGAACUGGUAACAGGAUUUUUGGAAAUCACACUGUCAAUACUGAAGAGUUUGAAAACAAUAAGCGGCCCAAUGACGUAGAAGAAAACAAAAGAACCAGAAAUAAGGUAACGAAUAAGCAGCGAAAAGAACAGCAAAGGUUGGAAAAGAAGAAACGACAGGAGGAACGACACCGACAGAAGGUCCUAGAGAGCAGGAGCAAUAAUAUGGAAGACAAUGGGACCAAUAGAGACUUUCAGGCACCGGUUACCCUAGUGAAAACAUUUACAACUUUAAAUAUUUGAUUUGUGGACAGCAACUGGCAAUCAUCUGACAUUGAAUGGUUACAUAAGUCUCCGGAGUAGGAGAUAACAUGGGGAAAUGGAGAGGUUUUCUGAUGCUGCUCUCGAUUAAGAAAGUAUUUGAUUUCACAUCUUUUGAAGAACUUGUUUUCUUUGCAAACAUGAACAUGGGCAAAGGGGAAGAAAUGGCCUAAAGGUGGAAGCAGUGGAUUACUUGCAUUUUACAAAUGCAGUAAAUCUUCAUAAAGUAACAAGUCAAAAUUUAAAUAAGCAUUGCAAAAUGUAUAUGUGGAUGAAUUAGCAGUAAAUGGAUUUACAGACAAGAAAGCUCUUUAAUAACUGCAAACAUGGGUUACAGACUGGCUGUAAUAUAUUUUAAGUUAUCAUACUCUUUACACCUUCUUUAAUGAUUAAUACUAGAGAUGAAAUAUGAGUCCCUUUCUUUAGAAGCUAUAUUAUAUACUGGCUUUGGCAUAUUGAACAUUUCUAAAAACAUCAUUGGUAUCGUGUUCUGGAAACAGUGUGUUCCAAUGGGCAUCAGGUGGGGUAGGGCCAUAAACAUUCAUCGAAGUGAAGCUGUUCCUUUUUUUAAUCCUUACCAGGACUUUACUCUUUCAGUAAAGAGUGCGAAUAUGCUGCUAACCACCAAAAAUGAAGGUUCCUUUCCACACAGAACGUGCUAAGAACUUUAUCUGAGUAGGCUGAAUGGCUGUUAAUCUAAUAUAAGACAAGUGGAAGAAUUGCAACUUUUUAUGAACACCAGAUAUUCCUGUAUCUUAUUCAUUAAAGCUUUGUCAGAGAUAUUUUUA